CAGCCCAGCGACGGUGUGAGGAGAUAGAGAUGGAGAGGAGGAAAGCAGCCUGGAGGGUGAUGGAGAAGAUUGAGGAGGUGGAGGGGAUCAUAUGGAGGGUCAGUCUCACCAGCGCUGACUGGAUCAAAGAAGGGAGAGAGGGGAGUGUUUUUGAACUAUUUACCUCUACGCCAGAUGUGUCUGAAGAAGAGUCAGUGUCUGAGACCAAACAUGAAUCCUCUCUCCAGCUCCAGCCAGAGCACCAGGAUUGGGGGACUACUCAGGAAGAUCCUCUCCCAGCUGAGGAGAUUCAUUCCCUGGGUGAGGCGUUGAGCCAGAGCCUGCGGAGAGCCCUGAGGAUGGAGGGUCUGGGGGAAGAUGAGGACUGGGAGGCAGUGAGGUGUAGAGAAGAGUUCAGAGAAACAACCUGGAACUUCAACUUAGAGCAAACCUCUCCAGAAUCGUCAUGGGAUCCCAUUGACCUCUCCAACGGCAACACCAUGACCUUUGACCCUAUGAGAGAAUGGAAGCGUCCCUCCUCGCCCUCUCUCUUGGACAUCGAGUCCCCGAGGACCUCCAGUAGCUUUGACAGCAUGUCCCCUAUGAUGUCCCCCAUCCUGUCUCCUCUGUCCUCCCUAUUUUCCAGCCCCCGGCUCAGUCGCUGUCCCCUGCCUCGGUCCCUCUCCCAGCCUGAUGAGGAGAUGAGCAAGGAAAGAAGAAUGAGAGAUGGGGAAGGUCAGAGAAGGACGAAGAACUCGGCACCAGGCCAUCUUGUCCUGCAAGGUGGGAGUAGUAAUAGAGGUGACAACAGUGACGUUAAGGUCAACAGAGGACAGGUAGGGGACAAAAAGGGGACCAGGAAGAGAGUAGCAUGGCUGGACUUGAGGCUGAAUGAGCAGAACCAGAAUGACAGCCAGAGCCAAGGCGACUACAGUUGGGCUGAGCCAGGUGUUUCCAGUUUGUCCGCUGUGCUGUCUUCAGAUGAGUCCCUGAGGAGACAGGAGGUGACCUGGCAGAGAGACGAGUCCCUGAGGAGACAGGGGGAGAUCUGGCAGAGAGAAGAGUCCCUGAGGAGACAGGAGGAGACCUGGCAGAGAGACGAGUCACUGGGGAGACAGGAGGAGAUCUGGCAGAGAGACGAGUCCCUGAGGAGACAGGAGGAGACCUGGCAGAGAGGCGAGUCACUGGGGAGACAGGAGGAGAUCUGGCAGAGAGACGAGUCACUGGGGAGACAGGAGGAGAUCUGGCAGAGAGACGAGUCUGGGGAGACAGGAGGAGAUCUGGCAGAGAGACGAGUCCCUGAGGAAACGAGAGGAGACCUGGCAGAGAGACGUGUCCCUGGGGAGACAGGAGGUGACCUGGCAGAGAGAUGAGUUCCUGGGGAGACAGGAGGAGAUCUGGCAGAGAGACGAGUCCCUGGGGAGACAGGAGGAGACCUGGCAGAGAGACGAGUCCCUGAGGAGACAG